UUAUUUGUCAUUACAGUAAGAUGCUUGCUUGUUGGAGAUGUGAAAUGAAUAAUCAAAAGAAACUGAGUGUGUGAAAUAGUUUAAUAAUUAAAUUAAAUGUAUAACUUGAAUGAAAAGAAUCAAUCAUUAAAUAGUUUUUUUUUUUAUUGAAUAAAAAUUAAAAGAGAAAAUUUUAAAGUUAUAAAAAAAAGUGUGUUGGACAUUCUCAGUUAUUUUCUAAGUUGCACAAUAAAAAAAAAAGUAAAUCAAAAUAAUUCAAUCAAUUAUUUAUUAAAUUGUCAAUAAGAAAAAUAAAUAGAGAAAAAAUAUUACGAAGAAGGACAAAAUCUUAUAAACACACAAAUGGAAAAGUGGAAAAAUGUGUAUGCAAAUAACUUAGAAAUCAAAAGUUAGAAUUUAAUCUGUGAUGCUGCUGUACGUUAAAAGCCAUUAUAUUAUUGAGCUCGACCGGCCAAGGCCGCGAACUGUGCGAACAGCUCUGCCAUGAAAUCAGCAAUUUCUAAAAUAUUUACAUCCUUAGGAUGUAUUUUAGCACUAUUAAUAAUGUGCUGUUUAGCUGUAUUAGGUGGUUCAUUUGAUCCCGGUAUAGACUUACUAAAGGGAUUAAAUCUACAAACGAAUCUUUCACAAUAUGAGGGAGUUAGCAUUACGCAAGGAAUUCAAAAAAAGAUUGCCUUUAGAUUGCAAGGCGCCAAUAGAAAAUUAGUACUACCGUAUAAAACUUAUGAACGUGCUGUAGAGUUAUUGAAGAGAAAUUCCGAUUUUACAUUCGCCGCAAUACUUAAACAAGAUGAACGAAAUCCUGGUACAAUUAUUUCGUUUUCGAGUGGCUAUAAUAGAUACUUAGAAUUACAAUCAAGUGGAAGACGAAAUGAAAUUCGCUUUCACUAUUCAUACAUUGGUCCUAAGAAUGAGUUGAUGGUUCAUAUGGAAUCGUUUCCAUAUCGUUUGGCUGACAACAAAUGGCACAAAAUUGCAGUUUCAAUAAGUGGAACUGAAAUACAAUUAAUCAUUGAUUGCCAUCCUUUAUAUAAACGUGUUAUGCAUAGUGUACCCGAUAGAAAUUUUAGUGCUUCCAAUAUGCAAUUACUUGUAGGACAACGAAAUUUAAAUGGCCAUUCAUUGUUUAAGGGUGAAUUACAAGAAGUUCAUUUACUGCCUGGUCCCUACGGAUAUUUAUUACAAUGUGAACAUAUGGAUUCUCAGUGUCCAACAUGCGGACAAUUUUUGCAAUUACAAUCCUUUAUUAUGGAAUUACAACAAAAUUUAUCUCAGCUUAAUCAAAAGUUAGAAGAUUCAGUGAAAAGAAUAGAUCAACUAGAAACAUGUGAUUGUAAGAAGUCGUGUCAUAUGAACGGGUCAAUUAGUAGAGAAGAUGGUGAAAAAUGGGAAUUAGGAUGUGAUCAAUGUCAGUGUAAAGAAGGCAUGGUUAAAUGCUACAAAAAGCCUUGUCCUGAAAUAAGGUGUAAAAAUCCUGUAACUAAAGAAGGCGAGUGCUGUCCGAGAUGUUUAAAAACUUGUUUCAAGGAUAGAGACUACGAGCAUGGUGAUGAGCAUAUUACUGGAUGUAAUAAUUGUACAUGUAAUGAUGGCAACUUCUUAUGUGGAUCAAUUGCAUGUCCAACGUUAUCAUGUCCACCGGAGGAACAAAUUUCUGUUGCGAAUGAAUGUUGUAAAUAUUGCAAAGAUGUCGACUAUUGUGCACUAGGACAUAAUUGUGAUGAUAAUGCAAAAUGUUUCAAUUUAAACACGAGCUAUACAUGCAAAUGUAAUAAAGGAUUUCAGGGUGAUGGAUAUCAUUGUACUGAUGUAAAUGAGUGUCUUGAACGUGGAGGUGAGAAUGGGCAUCAUUGUAACUCGUAUACACAAUGCAUCAAUACUUAUGGUUCAUUUGAGUGUCAGUGUUUAAAUGGAUUUACUUAUGUUGAUAAGUGGAAUUGUGCCGAAAUUGAUGAAUGUGAAACGGGAAAUAAUUCGUGUCAUGAAAAUGCAACAUGCACAAAUACAAUUGGCUCAUAUAAAUGCGAAUGUAAAGAGGGAUUUACUGGUGAUGGACGAGAAUGUGUGCCUGUUUGUGAUCCACCGUGUCUUAAUGGUGGUGAUUGUAUUGCACCAAACGAAUGUGAUUGUCGCGGAGGCUACGAAGGACCUUCAUGCGAAAAAGAUUUAGACGAAUGUAAGACUAAUCAUGGAUGUCCACCGACAUCUGAAUGCGUAAAUAUGCCGGGAUGGUACUAUUGUAAGUGCAAACCGGGUUAUGAGAUGAAAGACAAUAGUUGUGUUGACAUAGAUGAAUGCGUGGAGAAUACGCAUAGUUGUCAUUCGUCAGCAAAAUGUGUCAAUACGGAAGGUCAUUUCGAAUGUAAAUGUAGCAAUAUGAAAUCAUCGUAUAAUACAAUAAAGUCACGUCAAACAACGAAUCAUGAGUGCAAACUUAGUUGCAUGUUCGAAGAUAAGGAGAUCGCCGAUCAAGGUGAAGUUAGGCCAAGAAAUCAACCCUGUAGUAUUUGUACAUGUUCCAAAGGUGUCGUAACGUGUACGGAGCCCUCGUGUGAUUGUUCUAAAUGGAAACGAUCUGAAGAUCGUGAUUUAUGUUGUCCACAGUGUGAUCCAAAUGAAUCAUGUCAACAUCAAGAACUGAAACAUGUCACGUUUAAAAGUGGCGAACAAUGGAUUUAUCAGUGUCAAACUUGCGAGUGUUUGUAUGGAGAAUUUGACUGUUGGAAAAUGGAAUGUCCUCCAUUAUUCUGUGAGAAUCCUCUUCCACCUGAGCCAGGCGAUUGUUGUCGUCGAUGUCCUAAUGACUCAUGUGGUUUUAAUAAUUCGACAACGAAUGCUGUUGGGAAGCCCUGCUUCUUUGAGAAGCAUCUUUAUUCUGACGAUCAAACAAUACAACAACAAUUGCAAUCAAAAGAUUGCACAACAUGCACCACAUGCAAGGUUCCUUACUGUGCCCAACUUCAAGUGAGCAAUUCUUCGUGCUUUGUGCAUCGAUUACCCAAUUCAUGUGCCUUGUUGAUCAUGUUAAUCCUGACUCUGAUAACGUUGAUGAUAACGCAUCAAGACAUCUUCCAUAAUUUUCAUUAUUAUAAUAAAUCGAUAUUAAUAAUUAUAUUAACAUUAGAGUCAAUAGAUUAUUUAGUUUUACGUAGGUGUAUUUUUUACAAAUUUUUAGAAAUCACUAUUCAAUGUCUUAUAGGAACUAUUACUAUUAUUAUUAUUAUUAUUAUUAUUACGAUCUUUAUUGUUUGCGUAGGAACAAACUUAUUUAAACGGUUUCAAAUUAUGAUUGUAGAUUGGACUUUCAAGAAUUUAAAGAAUAUGUUUCAAUAA